AUGUUUCUUCGAACAAUACGGGCACGAGCCCUACGCCCGACCUUACUACUGCGAGGUGGUCGUUUCGUGUCUUCGGCACCACUAAUCCAAAUCAACAAUGGAACAUUCUAUCGACAAUACCCAUCGGAGAGCGAUAAUGCCGACAACGCACCUCUAUACCCUGGGUUUAACUUCAGUAUCUCCUCGGAUCGCACUCCUUCAGAGCUAAAGCACUGGGCAGUGAUUGGUCCUUCAGGUAAAACAGAACUUCUCAACAUCCUGCGCGGCCAGUAUAUCUCAGUCCCGCCUAAUGCACGAUCAUAUCCAUAUCUCCGAUCCGACGAGAUUGCCGCAAAGGAUCCCAAUCUGCGCUAUACAGAAAAUGCGAUCCAAUAUAUCGGAUUCAGUGGUGAGGGUGCUGGAGCCAUUGGUGGUACCAGAGGCGCGUACUUAAGUGCGCGAUACGAAAGCUUCCGUGAAGAAACCGACUGGAGCGUGGAGCAGUACUUAAGAGGUCAAACCUCGCUUAACCCAUUAGAGGGCGAGGAGAAUGGAACACUGAAAGACGAGAAGCUUUUUCAAGAAGUCGUUGCUGAGUUAUACCUCUCUUCGUUGCUUGACAUGCCUGUCGCAAACCUUAGCAAUGGCCAGACUCGCCGAGCGCGCAUUGCUAAAGCUCUUCUCCAGAAGCCAGAACUAAUACUUCUUGAUGAACCCUUCAUGGGAUUGGACCCUGCCACGGUUCGAAGCCUCUCUGAGCUACUCCAUCGGCUAGCAGCGAAAUGCUCACCGCGGAUAGUGCUUGCUCUACGCCCUCAGGAUACAGUUCCUAAGUGGAUUAACCAUGUGCUUCUCGUGGGAAAUUCCCAUCGAGUCCAUAUGCAAGGUCCACGGUCAGAGCUUCCCCGGACAUUGCAUGUUUGGCGACAUCUAGCGACAACGAAGGCUGUGAAAGGACUUAAAAGCCCAGAGGAGAAGGAUAUAUUUCGCAAAGCUAAGAGUGAAGUUAAGUCUGGUGAACUCGAUAUACAGCUUGUUGAAGAAUUCCUUACUGGUCAUGAGCAUACUCCCCUGUCUAUUCCGGAGACAGUGUCAGAUGGAGAACCGCUAGUUGAGAUGGAUGGUGUGCAUGUACAGUAUGGCGAUAAAGCUGUUCUUGGUCACUGGACCCAGACUGUGGACGGUGUAGAAAAAGAAGGCCUGCACUGGAUGGUUCGUCGAGGCCAGCGCUGGGCAAUUCUAGGCGCGAAUGGGUCUGGUAAAACAACUUUGCUCUCCCUGAUCACAUCUGAUCAUCCGCAAACAUAUGCUUUGCCGAUUAAGCUGUUUGGACGCUCUCGCCUUCCAGAGGCCGGCAAGCCUGGAGUUUCCAUUUUUGAGCUGCAAUCUCGACUCGGUCAUUCUUCGCCCGAGAUCCACGCUUUCUUCCCACGGCGAUUGACAGUGCGAGAAUCCCUCGAGUCUGCUUUUGCAGAGACCUUCCUCUCGAAACCAAAACUUACCUAUGAAAAUGACCUCGACAUCGAUGCAGUUCUACGAUUUUUCCAAACCGAGCUCGACAUCAAUGCAGCCAGCGCCAUACCUGAUAAAGUCAAGAUCACAGACGAUUUCCCUAAACUCACCUAUAUGAAAGACGAAUCUCAGUUGCCCAUGGACCAUGACAUCGAGUAUGCGUAUAAUAUCACAUUCGGCCAGCUGAGUACUGCUCAGCAGCGAAUCUUGCUGUUCCUGCGUGCUUUGAUCCAUCACCCAGAUAUUGUCAUUCUUGACGAACCAUUUUCAGGCUUAACCGCUUCUCAGGUCGAGAAGUGCAUUCACUUCCUCGAAAAAGGUGACUCUCCACUAAAGCCGUCAUCCACACCUACAUCUCACAUCCCACGGUUCCACGGUUUGACAGAAGACCAAGCCUUGGUUUUCAUCAGUCAUUUAAAAGAAGAAAUCCCGGCCACUGUGCGACACUAUAUUCGACUCCCGUCAGAUGCUGGCGACGAGACUGAAGCGCUAGACUUACGCAUUGGAAGUCUCCAGAAAACUAGUGUCUUGAGCAAUCCCGAAGUAUGGGAUCUUGUAUGGUCUCCGCCAUCGCAUUUCCAACAACACGCCAUUCCAUUGAAAGGGCAAGAUGGAUCUUCGGACGCCAAAUCUUACGAUUGGUGGUCGAUAUAA